AAAUGCUCAGAAAAGAUCACCACAUCACCAAUGAUUCACCGGGACUAUCCCUCGGCCGCCCGCCUGUCCCGCCCCCGGCUUCUCAUCUAGCUUUCCUUCGAUGUGCUAACUUCUGGCGCAACCAAUCUACGUCCGUGUCUAUGUCUUUCGAUCCAUCUAUUAGCGACCCCCUACUCGGACCCCACUCUACGCCUCGUUGACGACGACUUGACGACGACUUGAGAGUUCUGAAGGUCGUUUGGGUACCACUUCUGGACCUCCUUCAAUUCCAUUCGUUCGUGAAGCUCGGAACAGUUCUCUGGGACGACUGAACUCACAAUCCGCGUCGGACACGAAGGUGGACGCAGUAUCGUUCCGGUCACCGCCUCCUUGCCAUUAGACAGAACAGCAAGUGCGCAGCACACGGUUCCGCAGCUGCCUGUCCUGGAAGAUUUGUUCAGAAUGAGUCCAGACGAUUCUCACUAUGCACACUUUGUCACGACGACCUUGAAUGCGGCAGCUCCCGCAUUCAGAAUCGGUCGCUCAGUGAGUCAGAUCGACGACUCGAGAGUCGUCGAUUUUUCCUGCUGACAUUGUGCGCUGUCACUCCACUACCAGCUCUGGAAUUGGAAUAGAUGGACUCUCAUCUCCAAUCUAGUGCGAUCAUCGACGUUUCCGCAGUAUGUCCGCUGGCUCGGAGGGGCCAAUCGACCGAACAGCUUUGUUCCUCAGUCUAUCACUUUUGGUGACCACCGGUACGCGACCCGACACGACCUGACCUGGCAUUCGCAUGACCUCGGUCUUUGGCAGUGUGCUCCUGGGAUUGGAAUUGAACUCGGUUGGCGUCGUAGUGACUAGAUCGCCUGGUGCGAACUUGCCUUACCAGUCAAGGUGGGAUAACUGUUUGUGGAAUUAAUUUCUUUCGCUGUUUUGAAUUAUAAAAGUCAUGGCCAAGAGACAAAAGGCAGGUUAGGUUUGCCCUCUCGCUUGGUUUCCGGAGGCAGCGAGCAGUAGCAGUAGCAGCCAUGGGAGGGGAGGGGAGGAGAAUAUUUAUGUUCUGAAGAGUUUGUAUGAAAGGACUGCAGAACCCCAAAUAUCCAAAUGGCACAUUGCCACCACCUCUUCCACGUGCAAAGCACAGAUAUAAAAGAUUCAUUGAGUGCUGGGAGGCACUUCUAUUCGCAUUACGUGCUUCUGUACUUCACCGUGCCCUCACUUCCAUCCGCUCUUGUCUGCUCUGCCCUCCUCUGCUCUGCCCGUCUCCUCUCCCCUCCCCUCUCCUCUCCUCUGUCCUGCCCUGCCCCAGGGUCUAGUCUGAAGAAAGCCUGAAGGGAGGGGAGGGGGAAGGGAAGGAAAGGAAAGAGAAGCUCGGCUCUCGACUCUCGGGAGAAAGGCGAAGACGAGCGACCGACGACAAGUGCUUCCUCGAUUCUUGCGAUGGUUUCACAGAAAUUUAUUACAAAUCUCCAGUUUGUAUGCUUUUGGACGACACGUACAUGCGGAACAACAAUCACUACUCACAAAGUCUCAGCCUCAGUCACUCGCUUCAAGUGUUCAGAGUUGUGGGAGGACGAGGAAUAUCUGUCUUUUAUCUUCACAUGCAGCUUCAAAGUUCUAUGUCUUCACGUGCAGCGGGCAGAUUUAGCGAGCAUUCUCGAAAUUUGGUUAUGGUCCUAUACGGCGUCCGGCUCCAAGGAAACUGACAUCUCUCUCAGCAAUACCACGGCGCCAAAGAUCAACUUUCUCUCACAGCUUUGCUACUUGGAAUAAGUGUUGAAUAGUCAUUACCUCCCACUCAGCUUUCUACUUGAUUCCAUCUACUCACAUCGGAAUUGAGCAGGAGGGUAAAAUGAGGAUCAAAUGAGAACAUGGAAUCUAUUGGAGGGCUUAUCGCAUUAUUCGACAAAUGCACGCACCGUAACAUUGAGGUUUUUCAUUCACGAGCCCGACGAUGAUACUGAGUUCUGACCUUCAAGGAGCGAAAGUCAUUUUCCAGACUGACUUCGAUGCCUCCCUAACUUCCUCCAUCCAAGUCAAUAUAUUACUGUCGAUCAUGACAAUAGCACCGGCAUCUCUCACUAGCCGAAGGCAGGAAAAAAGUUUCUUCCCCAUAGUGGAGACAGUUACUGUAAUGUGCGAGUGAAGAACAUCUGAGCGAGUGCCCUUCAUCAGCUAAGUACUUGCCGCACUCACCAGCCUAUGAUCGUGUGGGAUGCAUCUUUGUCGUAUGGCCAGAGUUCUCCCAUCACGAAGCCAAACAAGCCGAUCAGCCGACCUACCGGAUUUGUGGACGGUGCGAAGUUAGUUGACACCGCUCUGCAUAUUUUCAUGCUUCAACAGUGGCCUUCUAUUAAGGUGUGCCUUGUAGCUGGAUUGUGGACAAAUUGAAGAUCCUUCGUAUGUCAACGAUAGUCCCAUCAUAUUUAUGUGCCAUACAGCGGAGAUCUGGUACAUCCCCAUCAAGUCGUCGUUACAUGACUCAACAGUGGCUUAUAUGGGCGAGCAUAUUUGUGAACAGCUAGCCUGAGCCGACUUUUGCAAGUAUGGUGGAAAAGCAGCACGCUGACUAUAAUAGUUUUCUCUUGACACGAGAAAUCUCAACCUUGGAAGCUUUACUGGGACGGGACACAGUGGGCCAGAUUUAUUAGAUUAGAGGUAAAGUGAACGCCUCACGACGAGCAGAGGGGUUUAGAGUCACCUGAUCUGGAUCAAAAGGGAUACCAAGUAAUUUAGCAAAAAGGAUGGGAAGACCCCAUCAAGUCGUACAUGGAUGAUGAAUCCAAGGUCUAGAAAGUUUUUGAUAUUCUGUUCUGGUAUCGAUAAGAGAAGUUGGCUGUCACCGGCGAAUAUACAUGCUGGCUUGGAACACAGCAUUUAUUGCCAUUAAAGACCUGACGAGAUUACAGCCAAGUGAUAUAUUGAUGCCAAGCAAGACUCAUGUGAGGUUGUGAACUCCUAAAAGUACCCACCCCAUGCCUGGGCUCAAAAAAUGUCAUUUUGAUUUAUUAUAUUUGAAAG